AUGCCGACACCAACUCAUGCCAGUCAAGUAUAUGCUUUUCUUCGUCGGAAUUAUCGAGUUUCACGAAAUACUCGAGCUCUUUGGCAAUUUCAACAAAUAGCUGCUUCUCCAUCAAAUUUAGUGUGCAUUCCAACAUCAGAAGAAAUUACACAAUCAUCCGAUGAAAUAGUCCUUGUCUCGGCCUUAGACAAUAAUGGUACACCAAUACCACCAUCAUCAAAUAUUAUCUGCACUAGUUCAACACGUUUUUCUUAUUUUACAACACGUUAUAAAUUUGCAUUCAUUCUUGAUAUGACUGAUUCAUGUGCAUCAGUAUCUAUUGAUGGUGAUCAUAUCUAUUUAGAAUCAUUAACAAAUUGUCUAUGUACACUUUUAUAUUCUCUUGCUCAAACAUUUUCAUUACCGGGUUGUGAUUUAAAAUUUCAACCCGAAAUAGAUAUAUCUGUUUAUGUCUAUUUUCCAUUACAUCGUACACCAAGUCAUCAAGUAUUGAUACAUGGGUAUCGAUUAACUCGGUCAACAUUAGAAACUGUUUGUCUUGAUAUAAUAAAUAAUUUAAAAGAAGCUACUGAACUUCUACAUAAUGUUAUCAGUAUUAAUAAAACAUUUAAUACACAUUCAACAUCAUCUACAAUCGAUUCCGAUGAUAAUAUUAAUUCACAUCUAAAUACAAUUUAUUCAAAUAGUGAAUCAUCAUGUGCUAUUAUAAAUAUGCUUAGUUAUGGUAUAACAGCUUUACAAUUAAUGCCUGAAGAAUCAACAUCAGUAUUAGUUAUCAUAACUGAUGGUAUACUUGACGUACCAAAUUUAUCAGCAUUUGAAGUUGUUAUGAGACAAAUACGAGCACGUAUAAUAAGUUGUUCAUUUGUUCAAAUUGGUUCAAAUAAUAAUCGACAACAAUCAACAAAUAAUAAAGUUAUAAAUGCACCCAUAGCUAGUCUAGGACAUGUACCAAAUGAAGAAUUAUUAAAAUUUAUUAGUUUAUCGACAUUUGGUUCAUUUAUAUAUUUUGAUGUUAAUAAUAGUAGUCGUGGUGAAUCAACAUUAUUAACACGUUUAUUUUCUCAUGAAUGCAAAUUAUUAAAUGAAUUUCAAAAUGAACUUUUAUCAUGGGGUAAAAUUGAAAUAGGUGUUUUUUGUUUUUAUUUAUACAAAUCAACUUCUUUUCAUGAUUUAGGUUUUCAUAAAGCUCUUAGCGAACAUAAUAUAUCAUUAUCAAAACGUAUAUCGAAUGGAACAUCUAGUAUUGAUGAUGAAAAUAAUCGAAAUAAUAAAUUAAAUGCAAUUUGUUUACCAAUAUCAUGCAGAUUAGUUAAUCAAACUGUUCUUCAAACAUCAUUAGAAAACGUUCUUUCUUUACGUUUACGUGAAGGUUAUGCAGUUCGACGUGUUCAAAUUCAAAAAGAUGAAAUUGAAGUUCAUCUUGUUUUACCAUGGCGUUAUGAUAUUCAAAUUUAUUAUACAGCUCGUUCUGUUUGGCCACUUGAAAAGAGUAUAAGAACAGAUAUACGAGUUUAUAAAGAAGCACCUAUUUAUUUUCUUCAAGAAGUAAAUCAUUUAUCUUAUAGUCAAACAUCAAAAGCUCUUAAUAUUAUGCGUAAUAAUCUUAUUCGACGAUAUAAUGAUGUUAUUCAAACUGUCUCAGUAGCCGAUCGACAUCUAACAUUAAUUAAUACUUUUGCUCGAGAUUCAUCUUAUUAUCGUGUGCCUGAAACGAUUAAACGUGGAAAACCUAUUUUUUAUUUGACACAAAAUGACUUACAACAAACACUUUUAAAUGUUAAGGAUACAGAACUUCAAGCAUUUGCUGAUUUUUGGCGUCCAAUUGUUAUACUUGAUGGAUCAUUAUGGCAACGUUUUAUGUAUACACAUAAUUUAACAAUAAUCUUAGUAAAUGAUCCACUUUCAAAUUCAUUAUUUCUUAUGAAUAAUCAUUUAUCACAAUCACACAAUCAACAUCAUUCAACAUUUUCAUGUCGUAUAGCAAAAAAUGAUUUUGAAUCAUUUUUAUCCGAAUAUUUUUCGUUUGUUCUUCUUGAUGGUCAAGCUUAUAUUAAAUUUCUUAUACGUGAUAAUAAUGAUAAUAUUCCAUAUAGUUUUAUGUUAUUACGUAUUAUGGGACAACCUCCAUUACUCUAUCUUAAAUUUGCUUUUCAAGCAAAAGCAACAACUGUUGAACGACAUAAAAUAAUGGAAGAUUUUCGAUGUAAUCUUAUUCGUCUUCGACCACGUUCACGUAUGAAAUCUGGAAAUCCUAAUGAAAAUAAUCGUAAACAACAAACAUCAACACCUGUUUCAUCUAAUAAUAAUAGUCAACGAUCAUUAACAUCAUCAACACUUUCAAGUCAUCAACGAAUACCAACAACACCAUCUUGUGUUGUUCUAAAUAAAAAUAUUGAACGAUUAAUGCUCAGAUCAGAUCCAUUUCCAUAUGAAUCACUUGGUAUUUCAAAACCUGAUGAAGAUGAUAUGCAAAAUAAAAGUCGAACAGAUUUAGAUUCAAAACGACAAGCUUUAUCGAAAUUUUUUUAUAUACGUACAUUUGUACGUUCAUUUGAAAGUAUAAAACAUUCAUCAAAUAUUCCUAAACGUAUAGCAGAUAUUAUACUUGAUACAUUUAUAAGACGACGACUUCAAGAAGGUUUUCAUUUUGUCGCAACACAUAAUAAUAUACAUAAUCUUGUCCUUGAAGUUAAAAUGAAUACACCAAAAGAAGAAUAUUCAAAUGAUAUAUUUCGAUUAAACUCCACUAUUAAUUUGUAUCCUGAUGAAAGAGCACGAACAUGUCUUGUACAAUAUAGAAUUUAUCCAGUUGAAUGUAGUCGUGUAGCUGAUACAAAUAACUCACAUGAAAAUCGUUCAACAUCAGUACGACGUUCAUCAAGUAUUUAUUGUGAUCAACCAACAUGUUACUAUUUUCUAACUCAAUGUUGGGUUGAACCACAAGAUGGUUUUGUUGAUACUAAUUGUCCUGAACUUGAAUUUCUUAAUCAAUGCACUUACAAACAAAUUGUUGAUAAGAUUGGUGAAGUUGAUCGUGAAUGUUUCAAUACACUUGUUUCAUUUUAUUUCGUCAAAUAUUUACAAGAACGAAGUUUAUCUUUACCAAGACCUAUAUUACGUGCACCACGAGCGUUAACAUCUGAUAUAAUUCGAGUACCAUUUAUACAAGAUACAAUUAAUCUUAUACGUCGUUCACAUCAAACACAUUUUGAUUUUUCUGCUUUUAUUGAUGAUUAUUUUAAAAUAAAACAUGAUUAUAUUAAUAAUGAUGGUUCACUUGUAUCACCAAGUCUUAAUUCAACAUUACUUAGUGUAUUGCGUGAACGUCUUUGUUCAAAAACAUAUGAAAAUAAACCACAAUUAUUUACUGAACUUAAUAGUAAUAAUAAUACAUUUACACGUACAUUAAUAUCACGAUCAAAUCAUUCAAAAACUCAUCGUCUACCAAUUGGUUUAAAUACUUUAAAAUCAAAUCCAUAUUUACUUUAUUUACUUAAUUAUAAUGAACAACAACAAACAACUACAGUAUUAACUGAUCUUGAACGUUAUCUUAUUGAUAUGUUAUUUCCACGUUGGGAUUUUCUUGUUUGUGCUGAAAAUGAUGAAUAUGUUUAUAUGAUAUUAUUACCAAAAAGUGAACGUGAUUUACUUUUAUUAAAUACUGAUUUAAAUAUACUUAUGCAUGAUCUUAUUGCACAUUAUUCAAUGACUCAUAUUGAUAAAGGAAUGCCUAUUUAUGAUGAUUGUCGUCAUAUUAUGGAUGGUUUAAUAGAUACCAUUGAACAAAAUAGGGAAUCAUCAUUAUUAUUGUCCACAAUGGAAAAAUCACAGAAUCCAGCUAAUGAAGAACAAACAAAUAAACAUUCACAACGACGUCGUCCACGUCGAGAUACAGUUACGUCAGGUGAUUUAUUAGUACCUCAUGGUACACAUGCAACAUUCGCCAAUGGUAAAAGUACAACAUCUUCAGCACCAAUUCCUAUAAGUCAUCCUAUAUCUCAAAAUUUUCAUCAGUCAUCUUCUCAACCAACACCUAUUGGUUAUCGUCGUAUAUAUUCUCCACUAACAGUUGAUACAAAUAGCGGAACACAUAUUGAUUCAUUAUAUCGUCGUUAUUCUGCAUCAGCUGUUGUAACACCACCUCUUCAUCAUCAUUCAGCUCAUCAUCAUAAUCUUCAAGUUCCACCUGCAUUUAACAUUAUUCCAGCAUCACCACAAGAAAUUUUGGUACGUGAUGCUUUUAAGAAGAUUACUGAGCAUCAAUGGCAUAUUCCAAUAUUUUUAUAUGGUUGUAAUAAAUUACGUUUAGCAUCAUCAUUACUUUUAUCUAAUGAACAACAAUUAAGAAAUCUUUGGUGUGAUACUUAUAUUGAUUAUACAAAAGAUGAUAAUGAUUCAACAAAUGGAACAGCAACGACAGCUGCAACAGUAUUGCAAAAUUUAAAACCUCGAAAACGAGAUAAUUCUCGUCGACAUGAUGAUGAAACAACAUUUCCUCCUGAAAAAUUAACUGAAGAUAUGCGUGAUUCACUUGAUUAUACUUUUGCAACAGCAUUUUAUAAAAAUUGUUUACUUGAUUUAACAACACAUCGUUCUGAUGUUGAUUACGCAUUAAGUACAAUCUAUCAAGAACAUUAUGAAGAUAUUGAUUUAACACCAUUCCUUAGAGCAAUGUGUUCACAUUUAUCAAAUAAUGAACAAAAAUCAUUCGAACUUGAUACUCUUUGUGAACCAACAACAAAACAUAUCAAUUCUUAUUUAAAUGAAAAAUUUCUUGAAAUUAUUAAUAAAUUUUUUCAUCGUGUAUCACCCGAUUCGGAUUAUUUUUAUUUUUGUACUGAUGAAGAACGUUUUCGACAAAGUCGUAAUUCAAUUGAACUAGAAGAUCGUUCAACAAAUAAUAAUAAUACUAAUAACAAUAACAACAAUAAUAUCAAUAAUAAUGAAUUACAAUCAACAUCAGGACCAUAUAAAUUUGAUGAAACAAAUGGAUAUGAUCAAGAAAAUGAUAAUGAUGAUGAUGAUGAUGAUAAUGAUCGAGAUAGUAAUGGAACAGUUCAUAUACAUGAUAAUGAUGAUGAAGAUCCUGAAUUACAACUAACAACAAAUCGUCGUCGUUCUGAUGUAUCAUCAGGUUCAGCAUCAAAUCGUUCAAGAGAUUUAUGUGUUGGAGGUGAAGUUUUACCAUUAUUUAUUUGUUUUGAUUGUCGAUUAGUUACAAAAGAUUAUGAUUGUAAUUCACCAGUUAAAACUAUUCCAUUAUGUAUAAUUUCAAAUGAAUGUGAAUCAAAAUUAGAUGAUGAUAGUUUACGUGUUUCAUUUGGUUUAAUUUGUUUAACAUUUGGACGUGAAGAUGUUGAUUCACAAGGUGCUAGUGUUGGUGGUAUUACAACACAUACACCGACAUAUAAUAAUCCAUAUUUAGCAGGAAAAAGAUUUCAAGAAUUAAAUGCUAUUGACGCUAUUGAUAAUACAAGUACUUGUACAGGCACAACUAUGGGUGGAGAAUUAAAUAAACAUCCUUUGGAGAAACUUCGAUUAUCUGAUGCACAAAGGCGUGCAAUUUCUUCAUGUCGACGAGAGACCGAAUGGCUUUUACGUGAUGAACAACUUUCAACAUAUUUUACUCGUCGUACACUCGAUAAAAAAUUAAUUGAAAAUGUUAUUGAACAUGUUCAAAGUUCAGUUAGUAUUCAUAAAUCAAAUUGUCUUUGUCGUUCAAUCGAUCUUAUGUUUGUAUUUGGUAUUGAUAAAUCUAUUGAUCCAUUUCUUGAAGAAUUAAGAAAUAUUCGUAUUCAAGAAAAAUAUGUUCUAACAAAAUGUGGAAAUUAUUUUGUUUUACUUGAACCAAGUCAACAAUCAUUAACUGAUAUUAUUCAAAAACGUAAACCAGCUUUAUCCGUUAAUUCAAAUGAUGAUCAAUCAUCAGUUACUAUGGAAGAUAGUUCUAUUUCUGAUGGUUCAUUAAUAGAUGAUGAUGAUGAAAGAAAAUCUACCGAAGAUGAACUUGAUGAUUAUAUAAAACCAUCAUUUUGGCUUUUUAUUGAACGAAAAAAGAAAACAUCAUCUCAACUUGAUUUACUUGAAGUGAAAUUUUAUCUUUAUUGCGGAUCAUCAUCUGAUAUAACACAAAAUUCAUGUGAACCUCAAGCAAUAUUAGAAGAAUUAAUUAAUGAAUUUAAUCAAUUAUGUCGUACAAUUAAUCAAAAAUUAUUAUUAAGUAAUUUAGCAGGAACAUUAUUAUGUAAUCCAUUAUUAGUACCACCCAGUGAAAAUGAUGAUACAAGUCUUGAUGCUGAUGCACCAGUUUUAACAGCGAAUUUAAGUAUACCACCUGGCACAUUUGCUUGUGAUGAAUUAUGGAGACAUUCAUUUCCACUUCAUUUUCGUCUUCGUCCACAUCUUCAGGCAACAUCAAAUGUAAAACCAUCAUCUGGUUCACUUAUACGUGAAUUAACAACCCAUUUUGGUUCAUUAGCUAUACAUAAUAGAAAAAAUUUAUUUGUUUAUUGUGGUGAACGUAAUAAUUAUUAUAUGAGAUUUCGAGAAGAUACUCUUCCACCAACAACACCUAAUUAUGUUGAUGAUUCUUUAAUACUUAGUGAAAAUAAUAAUACAUUUUUUGCACCACCAUCACCACAAAUAACUAAUCAAAAUAAUCCAAAUUUCAAUAAUAUUAUAAAAAAUCGUCAACGACAUGGUUCAGGUACUUUUUGUAUUCAUGUAAUGCUCUAUGGAUUACAGUGUGCUACUACUGAUCCUAAAUUUGAAACUGUAAAAAGUAAUCUUGUUCAAUUGAUUGUUACUCGAUUAGAAGAUGAAGUUGUUAAAGAACUUGCCAAUGCUUUAUAUCGUUUUGCAAUGACACGUUUAAAUCCUGAUGAUGUUACUUUCAUUCGACCUAUUGAUAUUGAACCAAAACAUAUAUUUGAAUAUAAAAUUUCACCAUUAAUUAAUACAAAUGUAUUUUUAUAUUAUUUUCGACGUUAUGUUAAAACAAAUCAAUUUCAUCAGCCUCUUCUGUUACCUGUACUUGCCAAAGAUCUUAAAGAAAUAAUAAAGGAUUAUCGUGGACAAACAUUAAUUGUUUAUAAUCGUUCAUAUAAUAUUGGAAUUCCUCGACCAGGUCUUGCCUGGAUUGAAUUACAUAUAUUAAAUCCAAGUAAUCGUCCUAGUCCGUUAUCAACAGAAGAUUUAUCUGACGAAUUAACUGCUGCAUCACUUAUUGAUUUAAUUCAUAUUACCGAACGAAAACUUUCUUCUUCAAUAAGUCCAACAAGUGAAGAUAAUAUUUCCGAAAAUAUUCUUCGUUGUCAUGUUUGGGCACGUGGUAGUCAACCUGAAAUUGAUCCGACUUGUAUGUCAAAUACAUUAUUACAAGCAUUUACAUCUGCAUUAGAUGAUUAUCCGGCACGUAUUCCUGGUGAUAAACUUGAUCUUAUUGUAUUAUAUCAAAGUACUAAAAUGAUUAACGACGUAGUUAUUGAAAGUACUGAACCAUCACCUCAACAAGAAUCUGGUGAUUCAAUGGCAUUAGCAAAUAGUUCCGAUAUUCCGAAACAAAUAUUUCUAUGUAUUGUUGCAAAUGAUAAAAAGUUAACAAUGGUUUUAUACAAUGCACCGGAUGAAUUAUCUAAAUUAUUAACAAAUUAUUUUUCAAAUUUAAUUAAUUGGUCAAAUAAACGUUUAACUUUUUUAAAUUCAAUUGUAGCACAAAAAAUGGGUCUUUUUCGUUAUCGAUCAUAUAAUCAUGAUCAACCUUCUGAAUAUAAUCGUCAACAUGCACAACAUGGAAUAACAACUAAACAUUCUAUAAAAACUGAUCAUGGUGAUAUUGAACAAUUAAUUAAAGAAACUUUACCACCAAAAACAAAAAAUAUUUACACGCCAUGGAAUACUGAUUUACUUUAUUGUAAUUUAGUUGGUUCAUAUCCAUCAUUAUCAAAUGAUUUAAAUCAAGAUCUUGUUCAACGACAUGGAACACAAUUACUUCAACUUAGAGAAAAUAAAAAAAUUCAUAUGGAUCGAUGUAUUAAACUAGAAGAAAUUUGUUCGAAUUGGCUACUCCGACCAAAAUUACCGAUUGCAGAUGAUGUGUUAACUCAAAUGAAACAUCGUUCACGAUUAUUAAAUAUAGGUGUUGCAUCUAUACUUUUCUCCCGAAUUGCUCGACAAUUUUUUCAAAAUAAUUCAACAUUACGUACAAAUAAUACAAUUUGUUUGGAUGCUUCCACACCAGCAGCAGCAGCAAGAGUUGGAGUUUCACCGGCUAGUCGAAUGGCAAAUAAACGCAAAUCUGUUGCCAUUCCCGUCGAUUUUGCUUUACGCCGAUCUGGGCAAUCAGUUGAUGAGAGUGAUUAUCAAAUCUCUCAAAGUUCAUUAAUACGUUUUGAUUCAAAUCGUUUCAAUAAUAUUGAACAACAAUAUAGUCAAAUAACUACAUCAUUCAUUGAACAAUUUUCUACUUAUUUACAAACAAUGUAUAAAUUUCAUCCAAUAAAUACAAAAUUAAAUCCUCGAAAAAUUGCUCGUUCAUCAUAUGUUUCAUCACCCAAUGAAUAUAAUUUUCAUCGUUCUGAUCAUAAUCGACGUACAACUUUACUCGCUGAAUUAUCAUCAUUAAAUAAUGUUGAAAUUGUUCUACGUUUUCUUCAAUAUGAUAUUAUCAAAAUACCAAUAAAUAAUCAAUCAGUAGCAGCAACUCAUUUUCGACAAAUUUCAAAUGAUUCAUUGUGUGUUCUUGAACAAACAGAACUUGAUGCAUUUGUUUAUGAUUUUCAUCUUCAAACAAUAAUUCGUUAUCAAACAAAUUUAAAUGAUGCACAAAUGUUUUCAACAGAUUUUUCAUUAAUUACAUUUUUACAAGACUUUAUUGAAUUUUAUCCAACUCCACCGAUUGGAUCAAAAACAGCUUUAUUUAAAAAUGUUAUUCAUCAUCAAAUUGAUAUUGGUAAACGUUUAGCUGAUGCUUAUUUAUUCAAAUAUGUACUUGAACAUGCAGCUACAUAUAAUAUACAAAUUGCAAAACGAAAUUCUGAUGAAUAUCUCUUCGAUUGUGAUCACAAGGAUAUUUAUUGGAUGGCUGCUCGUACAACUCCAGCAUCAUCUUCUGAAUUAACAAUUGUUAUGUAUAUCAUUUAUACAAAUUUAACACCAAAACAACAAACUGCAUCAAAUAUGAAUGUACCAUCUUUAAAUAAAAUUCCUAUUCCUUCAAUAAGUAAUCAACGAAUAGUAAAUAGUUUAAAAAAUAAUACAAGUAAUAAUCAAAUGAGAGAACGUGCUUCAACUAUAUUAUUAUCAUCUACUAAAACUAAUCUUGUUGUACCAAUUCGAUCAAGUUCAUUUGGUUCCGAACAAAAUACUGGUAAUAAUAUUCCCAUUGAACGAAAUGUUGAAUUUUUUAAAUCAAAAUUAACAUCUAUAUUAAAUAAAGCAUCAUUAUCACAUCGUCGUGAAAGUUUAUGGGAAAAAUUAAUUGCUUCUCGAUCUGACAGUUCGACAGCUGGACGUCAAGAAGUAAUAUCAAUACAUAUAAAUGAAUUUCAAGCAUUAUUGGAUUCGUGUAUUGGUGAUGAAACAAUCGAAUUAAAAACUGUGACUUCAUUAUUACAACGAGUAUUUACUAAUAAAGAACAAGCCGAACGAUUGCAUCGAUUUUUACGCUCACGAUAUGGUUCACAAUUUCAUACGAUUAAUUCAUCAACAGUUCAUUAUCUAGUCAUCUUUCAAUGUAAAGGUCCACAUCAAUGCGAUGCAUUCCUUGUUCUUAUUUAUCGAUCGGAUCAAAAUCUUCUUAAAUCUUAUUUAGUCAAACAUCGAAAUGAUAUCGAUUCUACAACAUUUAUACAAACAUUUACACAAAGAAUUACUUAUUUUCUUUGGGAAUGUUUGAUUUAG